AUGGACAACUCGCACCAUCAACUACGUGAAGCAGAGGCCACCACUGAUCGUACCGCAAGAGAUCAGCAGCACGCCAUUCAAGCCGACCUUGAGACCUUGAGAAAGAAGCAAGCGCACGAUACCAAUGAGCUGACUCAUGGAUUCUUGAAAGAGCUAGAGCUCAAGAAGAUCGAGAUCAAAGACAAGGACGACAAGAUAGAGGAGCUUGAAGGCGAAGCUUAUCAACACACGCAAGUUGAGGCCAAGCCCAGCGAGGAUCUGCAAGCCUGCGAUAACUCGCCCAGAAAGAAAUCGGAUGAGCUUGACAAUAUUCAGAAAGAGUUGAGACAGAGUCAGCAGGCCCACGCAACACUGAAGCGUCAGUAUGAGACACAGAAUAUCACUCAGCGUGGUCUCGAAGAGGACAUGCGGACUCUCAGAGACAAGCUCAAAGAUGUCACCUCGGCCAAAGAAGUGCUCGAGACACGCCUGAAGGUCACAUUGAGCCACUUGCGACAGCUCGCAUUCGAAUACUCGCAAGAUGUCGAUAAUCAGGCCUUUGAACAUCUCGCUGGAGUCGAGACGGAAUUCGAUUCGUUACACAAGACCUUCCCGACUCGCUACAGAUGGGCAGUCACAAAGAAAGCAUGGUCUUGGACCUUGUCCAUGGCUUCAGAAUCGGAGACUCGCCCCUUCCUCGGUCAAACGUUUUCUCAACUGACCGUACGCCUUUGCUUCAUGAUGAGCUCGCUCAGAAAAGAGGGCCCCAAGAUCUUCAUCCUCAUUGAGACCAUGCUGCAGCUGAUUGAAGCAUGCAGGAGUGAAAACAUCUUACAGCUGGCAUCUUCUCUCCAGUUUUACUUGGAGUCGUCGGAGCAGAUCGACUCUGAGCACAAGAUGUUGGUGGUGGCUCGCGUCAUUGAGCUCAUUCACAGGGCCGCCAACUCUCUCGAGCUUUAUUGGAGUGGCUCCGCCGACGUCUUCGAUCUUUGGAAGUCCAAGGUUUCGCAGUAUGAGCUCUGUGCUCAACAUCUAUUCGUCAGAGCUUAUUUUGCCUGGUUUGCUGCGUACGAGAAGGCUGUGCUGCAUGGCAUCAGAGACUUCACCCUGACUCUACCCGAGCUGUGGAUGCUGAUUGGCGAUACCGAUGAUAUCGGGCUUGGAAACAUCUCUUACACCCUGCUCCAUUCUACUGAUGAGGUUCUGUUGGGAGGCCGUCCUGGAAAGCCUCGCAGAUUGUUUGCUGACAGUAUCGCUUCAUCCACUGACGACUACGCCAUUGUCGAUUUGGAUAAGCAGUCUAUCUUCGUGUAUCGCCAGGCAGAGGGUACUCACAACAUUGGAAAGGUGGUUCUGACUCUGACGAAGCGCUUGAACGGCGAUGGUGACUUCGAGGAAGUUGCACCAUUCAUAAUGACCUACGUCGACAUCCGCUUUGUUGAUCGCUACAUGAAGGGUGUUUUUAGACGCGCGCUCCUCAGACUGGCUGCGAUGGAGAAGCCUUUGGGAGGUUGAUUUGUUGCUAUUAUAAUGAUGAUGAUGACACUGGCCACUCAAGUGGUACCAUAGCUGGUAGAACUAAAGAGGAAGACCUUUUAGCAAGCAAGAAGGCCGUAGAAGAAAAAGACAAACAGAUCGCUGCUCUAGAAUUAUAACUCCGCCGCUCUCGCGAUAACGUCG